GAGAGAACCUAUGCGUGGCGGCGUACGCAAGGUGUAACGAGUGAGGAGUACGUCCUUUUUGUUUUAAAUCUCCGUGAUACGCAAAGAGACGUUUUCGUCGUCUUCUUCUUUUCUUCUGGGUCUUGUUGGCUGUUGCUUCCCCUUUUCACCGGCAUUACCGCCCCCCUGCGCAUCAGAGAAGUCGAUGGUUUAUUCAAGUGAUGCUGUUCAUACCCUUUAAACUUAUCAGAGAGGUGGGUGAGUAUUUUUGCUUUGAUAUAAACUAAGUCUCUCACCAUGGCCUCAAAACUGUUUCAUAUUUCUUCACACCAAGCUGAAAACCUAACUGAAAUAUCCCUUAGAGAAGCUUUUCAACUUCUUGAGACUCAAUUAAGACCCCCAUUUUCAUUAAAAAUACCUUCUCCAUCAGAGUACUUAGAGCUAAAUAGGGCUAUUGUUUAUGGGAUUUUGACAGAACCUCAUGUCGCCAAUGUCCAUUUUACUCAUUUGAAUGCCAUUGUCAUAGAUGGGUACGCUUCUGCUUUGAAUUUGAUUUUGAAGUUAGUGUAUGAAUCCUAUUCUAAACUUCUAGAACCGGUGAAGGUAAAUUUAAUUUGGGUUACGUCAAAGCUAGUUGAAGUUUCAGCUGUUGGCAUUGAUAAUUUGGUGGUUGGUUUAAUGAGACAAAUAGUUGGGGGUGAUAUCAGUGAUGGGAAUUUGUGGUUAUGUGAAGAAUUGCUUAAGCUUUGCUUGAACAAGUUUGAAUUUUUAUUAGAAGAACCUCUGAUUCUUACAAGCACUUUAUAUACAUAUCUUCGAUUAUUAGCUGAUCAUUGUAGGUUAUCUGGUAAUCCGAGGUUGGAGAACUUGAAAAAAUUGGAGAUUGAUUUUUGUGUUAGAAUGUUGAGGAAGCAUUUUCAGAUAUGUUUACGAAUUGGUAGGGAUUUAGUUCGUCUUUUACAAGAUCUGGUUUAUGUUCCGGAGUUUCGAGCUGUAUGGAAGGACUUGCUAUCCAAUCCGCUUGAAUUUAGAACUCCAGAGUUUUCAGAUAUCUCACAACUGUAUUGCUUAAGAACAUCAAGCAGAUACUUCUUACUUCGGAUUUCGCCAGAGAUGGAAACCCAGUUGAGGUUCUUACUGACCCAUGUGAGAUGGGGUCAUCAGAAACGGUACCAGGAAUGGUUUGCGAGGAAAUUCUUAUGCAGGAACGAAGGUGACAGUGUUAUUUGUGACAUUGUUAGGUUUAUAUGUUGUGCUCAUCAUCCACCUAAUGAAAUUAUCCAGUCUGAUGUGAUAUCGCGAUGGGCAGUUAUUGGCUGGUUACUCAAAUGCUGUAGAAAAUAUUAUAUCGAAGCAAAUACAAAGUUGGCCUUAUUCUAUGAUUGGUUAUUCUUUGACGAAAGAACUGACAAUGUUAUGAACAUUGAGCCUGGGAUCUUGUUGAUCAUGAAUUCGGUACCUAGAUACAUUGAUAUGACUCGGACCCUUAUUGAGUUCUUGUUUUUACUCAUGGAUAACUAUGAUGUUCAGCGGAAGAAUCUCACAGUUCGGGGUCUCUCAACAGCUUUCCGUGUACUUCUCAAGAAGGGAGUGGUUCAAUCAUUAGACGCUUUAACUUCAAGUAGUUUAAUAUCUCCCCUACUCAAGCAGAGGCUUGCAUUUGUCGUUUCUGAUUCAAACUCAGAGGCCAUUCUAAAUGCACCCACAGAUAGCCUUCUUUAUUGUUCUUUACAACCAUCAAGUGAGCCAAAUCCAGCCAAUGUGGAGUCUGAAACAUUAUUAUCAGGUGAUUCACAUUUGGAAAGCUGUGUGCAGAAACCCACGGCUGAUCUCCCCAACUGUUCUCUGGAACCAUCAAAACUGCCAAGUCCAUCCAGUGUGGAGACCCAAACAUCAAUAAUGAUUGAUUCAAAUUUGAAUGACCUUGCCCACAAAUCCACAACUAGUGCUCCGUGUUCUUCUCUACAAGCUGUAAAUUUGCUGAGUCUGUCCAAUUUGCAAGCCCCAUCAUCAUCAUCAAAUGCAGAGACAGAAAAAUCAUUACCACCUGAAGUAAGGAUAUAUAAGCGCCGUCGAGUUACUGGGGCUGUUACUGAUGCUUUACCUCUUUCAGACAAGUCACGUACUUUGCUUGGUUCACUGGUUACAGCUAAGAUAAAUCCAUUGAGUAUUAUUGAGGAAUUGCUGCGGAGUCUUGGAGAUUGUAUUAAGACAUCAAGCAUGAUGGGUCUUCAGACUCUCGAGAAGAUAUUAUUCUUGUAUGCUAACCUUUCUAGUGAGGUACCUGAUAAUGCCAAUACAGGUGAUUUUGAUCUUACGCCUCAAGUGGUAGCUUCUCGAAUAACUGAAGCAUUCAAAUCAAAUGAAUAUGAAAUGUUUAAUCCUCUUAAGUGCCCACAAGAACUGAAGUAUGAUGAUGAAAUUAAUUCUGCUACUGCGGUGAUUACCUCUGUUUUUUUCUUUGCGCAGAAGAAAAGGAUCAAAGAAAUGAUUUUAUUCUGGUCUAGAAAUGGUUAUUUAGUCGGACCACGGUUACUGUCUUAUGCCUCCAGACUCUUUUCCGAGGCCCAUAUUAGUUGGUUGAGGAAUUUAGUGGGGGAACAAAGUUCUGUGAAUAUAAAUAGCCCAGAAACAUCAUUACUGAAGCAUCAUAUAGAUAGUUAUAUUUCUUUCUCAAAAGCGGAAGGAAUAGAUCCUUCCAGUGCCAAAGUUUCUGCUUCGAAGUUGGAUGCCAAAUUGGUUAUAGAUUUGGUGGAAGGUACUUUUGCUUCUUACAGAAAUUUCAUUUCAUUGAUAGAUCGUUCACAGGGAAAAGAAGAUUCAUCUCUGUCUAAGCUCUUGCUUUCUGAUGUAUUAUCUUAUUCUGGGUGGAAGACGAAGAGAUUGACAACAGUACUGUGCAGUAUGUUUGCUUGUCUUUCCGACUUAUGCACCUCAAAGGAAGAGUUCGUGCUGUUUCUCUUGGAGAAGUUGGAUUAUGUAGAGCUUGUUACUAUGCAGUUUCAGAUACGUUUGAGGAAAUUCUCUGUUUUUGGAGAGGACACCGAAUUAAUAUCCAAUUUAAUAAAAAGCUCACUGAGUUGGGAAAUUGUGAAGCAGAAAAAAUUCUGGGGUUUAUUGACAUCAGAGCUGGCAGGUUUAAAGGUUCAAGUGGAGAAAGUUGCUGCAGACUGUUUGGAUGUAUUUGACCCAAGUGUGCAUUCCGUUGCUGUAGAGGGUCUUUUCCAUUUGUGUUGUCGUCUUGCACCAACUACUGAGCUUGUUAGUACGAUGAUUUCGCUACGGGGAAAUAGGUUUGGGGAUUUUGCUGCUGCGGUGUUAGCGAAUUGGGUUGUCUCUAAUGGCUCAAUGCUGUUCAAUAGCAUAGUCAUAUGCCUGGAAAAACUGCAUAACAAAGAUAUACAUUUGAUGGUUUCUGGUCCUAGUGUAAACAAAUAUACCAUUUUAGAGUUGUUAAAUUUUCUUGACAAACAAGAGAUGAAAAACUUGAAUUUUGUAAAUGAAAUGUCUGGCAGUAUCUCGGAGGUAAAAGCUAGAUUAACGGACAUGGUAAUUGGCCAGCGUGACAGAUAAACUUGGUUUGACUCUUGAAUAUGGUUCUGUACUUCUACAUAUAUUCAGAAUGGCCUGAUUCCCUUUGCUGCAUGCAACCGGGACUACACUGCUAGAAAUGCUCAGGAUUUUAUGGGUACUGUAACAUCUACUUUUGCUAGGGGGCACACACAUGUGAAUUCACAUUUUGACUCCGUUAAUCUCACUGAUUGAAGAUUCCUGCAAUACUUUGUGGAACUGAGAAAUUCAUCAUAGGAGCUGUACGAGAUCUUCUUCUCCUGUUUGGUGAUGGCAGCGGUUUGACCAGGCUGAUGCUGGUCCUGCAAAUUGAGAUGAUUGGUCAGGCUAAGUCUCUUUCAAGCUUCAGAUUUUCCAAGACGGAAAUACCCUCAUACGGCUUCCCUUUGUUGUUGUUUUCCCAUAAUCCACUGCCCUUUCACCAGCGAAAGCACCAAUGAUGAUGACGGUAACGUAAACGGAAUUUCUACGCAUGAAUAAUUUGUAUGCGCUUUCAUAGAAGCCUCCUGUUUUGGGAGCUGGCUUCUUAAAGAUGCUAUCCAUGGUUUUUCUUUGCUUUCUGAAAUGAACCUAGGUUUUUUUCUGAAGAGGCCUUUCUUUGAACGAUGGUCACCCAUUGGUAAACACUUAACAAGGCACUUUUCCUGGUUAAUUUGACUAUUUGCAUCUUUCCAAUUAAAGUCAUGACAAAUAAGAAACCUGAAAGUUUGAGUGAUAACUACAGUGUUUACAAAUAGAUUUUGGAUCUUUUUAGUAGAAUCACUUAAGUAUUUGAACACAUUGGAAGUAAUAACUAAAGGAGUUUUUACUGAUAUCACAAGAGGACCUGCUCCAUACUUUCACCAUAUUACUAGGAGUUUCUCAUAAAUGUUCGUCUUCUUUCCCCUAAGCCGUGGCACAAUUUGAAUUACAAUCUUGUUGACGUGUGAGGUUUGAAUCUAGGAUUUAUGGGAACCUGAAUAUCCAUGCAUACUUGUAAUUUAUUCAAGGUUUGGUUAUCCUAUUUGUGAAAUAUGUUACUUUUGAUCUAUUAAUAUAGGCAUUGCUGGGGUUUUUUGUUAGUAAUUCAACCUUCAAUUGAAUCCAGGCUUAUUAUUCCUUCUUCUAGUCGUUUUUUUUUUUUUAAAUCUAGUUUGCUAAUAGCCCAAAAGGGAGAGAAAUUAUAUCGACAAACAAACUGAUAAAAUAAAUAAAUAUUGAUAGUCACUGGAAACAGUGUUACUCAUUAUUAUCACCAUAUUAGGAGUUUCUCAUAAAAUGUCCGUCUUAUUUCCCAUAAGCUGCGGCAUAAUGUGAAAUACAAUCUUGUUGACGUGUGAGGUUUGAGUUUAGGAUUUCUGGCGACCUGAAUAUCCAUGCAGACUUGUAAUUCAUUCAAGGUUUGAUUAUUUUCUUUUUGUGAAAUAUCUUACUUGUGAUCUAUUAAUAUAGAUAUUGCUGGGUUUUUUUGUUCGUAAUUCAACCUUCAAUUGCAUCCAGGGUUAUUAUUCCUUCUUAUAGUUACUGGAAACGCUGUUACUCAUUAUUAUGUGGUGUGACAUAUAGUUGAAGCCAAUUCAGUCACAAGAAAAGAUGAAGGGCAGAGAACAAAAUUUCUGGGAAGUGGACUCAAACCAACCACAUGGGAGAGGAUUUUGGAAAGGCGUGCAACAAGCAAAACAUAUAGUUGAAGCCAAUUUUCAAAAAUGGGUCACAUCAAUGGGAUAUGGAGAGUCUGUUAGAUUCUGGCAGGAUAUAUAGGUUCGGACUCAAUUUUCAAAAAUGAGUUCCCUUCAAUCUUCAAGGUUGCAGCAAGCAAGCUUGGCAGCAUCAAGGAAAUGUUGCAUAACGGAAGCUAGAGAAUUGAGUUCAAAGACCACUUUCGAUGCUGAAAAUUCAGGAACUGACAAGGCUAAGGUCAGCUAUUGGUCCUGCUCCUAGUCUCAGUCAGCAAGAAGAUUAAGUUGCUUGCAAGUUUACCAACCAAAAACCAGAAAUUUUCAGUUGAGGAUUGCUACUCAUGGAUGUGCAUUCAACACCUACUUGCUCAACAGGUACAAUCUUUCAGAGUACAUGGGUUGAUGAAGUGUCUAGUAGUGCAGUACUUCAUGUGGCUGACAGUGCAAAAUGCGCUGCCUACAGUGGAUAACCUAGCUGCGUGCACUCUGUCAGCAAGAAGAUGAAUCUGUAUAUUACCUACUUCCACUCUUCCUUCACAUCUGCUUUAUGAGAUUACUUUUUGGAUGCUUAUAAACUGAAAUGGGUUCAGGAAAAAGAUAUGAUGCAGAUGCAGGUGCAGCAGCUACUUUCCUGGAAAUCUAAAAUGGGAAGGAACAGGAGUAGAACUGUAGAAAAAUGGCAUAUCCUGUUGUUUGCAAUAGCUUGGUCCAUUCGGGGUGAGAAGUAUAGAAGGGUCAUGGCCAGAAAUCUCUAAGUAGCACAAAAGUUCUAAUUGAUGAAGCGAAGAGUGCAAUUUUCCUUGGGAGUUCCUCAACUGAUUGGGUUCAGGCAAACUGUAUUUAGGAGUGUUAUUCCAGUUUUAAUGUAGUGAAUUAGUCCAGUACUCUGUCCUGUGCUUGUAAUAUUUUGGGCGCCUCCCCUCUUAUUAUUAUAUAGCGUGGCUUAUAGUUAUUG